CAUGAUGUCCUUUUUGUCACAUGCAUAUGUAUAUAAAUACAGUUUGUAUAUCCUUUUUAUCAAAGCAACAAAAGACGAGAACACAGAAUGCUGGACACAAGAAUGCAAAAGUGCACUUGGUUUUUUUUAAAGUCUCUUUCACGUAGUGCUGACCUCCAACUUUAACACUCUCCAACCACAAAUAUGAGUAAACACUGACCUCAUGAUAACAUAAUAUAUGUUUAGAUGGUUAUGCUACACCACUGGCAGGUGUGCCAAGAGAUUAUUUUGCACCCUAAAUGGAAAAUAUACUGUUUUAGUGCAAGCAUUUGCUGCUAGAGAAGUGUUAAAAAAAAGUAACACCUAAGAGUUAUGAUAGUCAGAUGAAAACUUGAUUUCACAAGAAUAGGCGUGUGCGGUGCUUUAGUAGCGUACUCAAGUGCGGGGAGGAACAUCAUUCCAAAAAGAGGCUGUUAGCAUCUCGAGACAUUUGUGUUUCUACACACAUCAGUUAAGUGAUUGAAUUCAACACACGUGAGAAUGCGUCUGUUAGUCGAGAGUGUCGUCUGCGUGCUGCUGCCGCUGAGCUUUCCAGGCAUCGUCUCCAGACUUGAAAAAAGCUUCACUGCGUGUGAUGAUUUAUUUUUUCAGGGGAAGUCUCCAGUUAUUCCUGGUCUUCUAGAGAAUUCCGUCACGUUGGAUAAACGUUACAAAAUAAUCUGUCAGACAUAUAAGGACAAGAUCAGGUUUGCGACACUUUACGACACAGAUAACAAGAUUCCUGUCUUCUCUGCUUACAAAUACACCGGGACAAAUGAGUUCAUGAAACCAGAAAUUCCACGAAUUUGGAUGACUGAGGAUCAGCUUGAACAACAUUCAGAUCCUGAAAUGCAAUACCCGUUUCAGUAUCAGGCUAGGAAUGAAGACUACUGGAUAAAAGACAGAGGUAUUAAAAGUGAAGUUACCCGCGGUACCUUGUUUUCUAUGAAGCACACAGCUGAUCUUGAAACUGCAGAAUCCACAUUUACUCUGACCAACACUGUGCCAGAGGAAGUAGGCUUCAGGGAAAGAAUUGGGACUCUGGAAAAUGAAUUUAAGAAUUUAAUGGACAAUAACUGUCUUGAUAACAAUAAUAAGAUUGCUGCCUACGUGCUGACAGGAGCCACACCUGCCAUUCUGAACGCCUCUUCAGUGCCUCAACGCCUUGGGAAACGGCUUGGACGCCGAAGCGCAUCCUCAAAGUGCCUCGAGCUGGUUCUGUCGAAACUUCCAGAGGUCUACGAGCCGGUCAUGUCCAACCUUCCAGAGGUCUUCAAGCCGGUUCUUUCCGGUCUUCCAGAGGUCUUCAAGCCGGUUCUUUCCGGUCUUCCAGAGGUCUUCAAGCCGGUUCUUUCCGGUCUUCCAGUGGUCUUCGAGCCGAUCCUUUCUGGUCUUCCAGAGGUCUUUGAGGCGGUCCUGUUUGGCCUCCCUGAAUUCUCCGAGCCCGUCCCGUCCGGUUUACCAGACGUCAACAUGUCACCAGGACACACUUUUUUGGAAUGA